GGAGGAAGGUACUGUCGCGCGGAGCUUCGGUCCACGGUCUCCUCUCUUCCCCCCUGGACUUUUGAUAGUGCACAUUACUGGUGAAAGGUUCUGGUUAAGCCAGCGAGCGGCAGAGAGGUCGCGAUCCGCUGUUUGUUUACUGGACUAAAGUACCGUGUGUGACGACACUUUUGGAUAUCUCACUCAUCCAGCUGCCAUCCUGCUGCUUUUCCAAGCGUAUGUCUUCUCCCCGGCUCCUCUUUUUAGCCACCUUUCCUUCUCUUUUGGUGGUUUUUGGAUGAUCCCCCGCGAUCUCUGGAGAACCAACCUUGGCAGCGCGAGCGCGUAAACGAAGGAUGUUUUCGCUCAACAUGCACGUUUAUCGCAGCUGUGCGACUUUCAGCACGUUCGUGGUUUUACUCUGGACAACUGUGAUCAGCAGUGUCUCCGAAGUGGAGGGCUACCACCAAACUAUCCCUCCGUCCGUGGUAAAGCUCUGGGCAUCUGCAUUUGGUGGAGAGCUCAAGUCCAUCUCAGCCAAAUACUCUGGCUCACAGCUGCUGCAGAAGAAAUAUAAAGAGUUUGAACGGGCGGUGCAGGUGGAGGAGAUUGAUGGACUGCGACUGGUGAAGAGACUGGCAGAGGACAUGGAGGAGAUGUUUCACAAGAAGGCCCAAGCAAUGAAGAGACUGGUGGAGGCUGCAGAAGAAGCCCACCUCCAGCAUGAAGAGGACCCAGACCUUCAGUAUGAGUACUUCAAUGCGGUUUUGAUCAACGAGGUGGAUGAGGAGGGGAAAAGCGUGGAACUUGGAGGGGAGUUCAUCCUACAACCCAAUGAUCACUUCAACAACUUGUCCGUCAACCUGAGCCUCAGUGUGGUCCAAGUACCAACCAACAUGUACAAUAAAGACUCAGCAAUUGUGAAUGGAGUCUACUGGUCUGAGGCCCUCAACAAAGUGUUUGUGGACAACUUUGAGAGGGACCCUUCUCUCAUAUGGCAGUACUUUGGCAGCGCAAAAGGCUUCUUCAGGCAGUAUCCAGGGAUCAAGUGGAAACCUGAUGAACACGGGGUCAUAGCGUUUGACUGUCGUAACCGGAAGUGGUACAUCCAGGCUGCUACCUCUCCCAAGGAUGUGGUGAUUCUGGUCGAUGUCAGCGGCAGCAUGAAAGGCCUUCGACUCACCAUCGCCCGUCAGACUGUCUCCUCGAUACUUGAUACUCUCGGAGAUGAUGACUUCUUUAACAUAAUCGCCUAUAAUGAGGAACUGCACUACGUGGAGCCGUGCCUCAAUGGAACUCUAGUACAGGCGGACGUCACCAACAAAGACCAUUUCCGGGAACAUCUGGACAAGCUGUUUGCUCAAGGCAUCGGCAUGUUGGACGUGGCGCUGACUGAAGCCUUCAACCUGCUGAGCGAUUUCAAUGAGACUGGGAGGGGCAGCGAGUGCAGCCAGGCCAUCAUGCUGGUGACUGAUGGAGCGGUGGACACUUAUGAUGCUAUCUUUGCCAAGUACAACUGGCCAGAGAGAAAGGUCCGCAUAUUCCCCUACCUGAUUGGUCGAGAGUCAGCCUUCGCUGAUAAUCUGAAAUGGAUGGCGUGUGCUAACAAAGGCUAUUUCACCCAAAUUUCCACCCUGGCGGACGUGCAGGAGAAUGUGAUGGAAUAUCUCCACGUCUUGAGUCGACCCAAGGUGAUUGAUCGGGAGCAUGACACGGUGUGGACUGAGGCUUACAUUGACAACACUUACAUGCACUCAGCGCUCCCCCAAGCGCAACAGCUGGAUGACGGUCAGGGUCCUGUUCUGAUGACCACUGUAGCAAUGCCUGUUUUCAGCACCAAGAACGAGACUAGGAACCGUGGGAUUCUGCUGGGGGUGGUCGGGACUGACGUUCCUGUGUCUGAGCUUCUGAAGGCCAUCCCGAAAUAUAAGUUGGGGAUUCACGGAUAUGCUUUCGCCAUCACCAACAACGGCUACAUACUCACCCAUCCUGAUCUACGGCCCCUUUAUGGUGAUGGCAAGAAGCGGAAGAAGCCAAACUACAGCAGCGUGGAUCUGUCUGAGGUGGAGUGGGAGGACAAGGAAGACACGUUGAGGAAUGCAAUGGUGAACCGGAAGACGGGGACUUUCUCCAUGGAGGUGAAGAAGAGCGUGGACAAAGGGAAACGAGUCCUGGUGCUCCAUAACGACUACUAUUACACUGAUAUCAAGGGGACACCUUUCAGUCUAGGGGUCGCGCUUUCAAGGGGCCAUGGCAAGUUCUUCUUCAGAGGGGACGUUACAGUGGACGAAGGACUGCAUGACUUGGAGCAUCCUGAUGUUGCACUGGCAGAUGAAUGGACGUACUGCAACACAGACGAGCACACAGAGCACCGUUACCUGAGCCAGAUAGAAGCCAUCAAACUCUACCUGAGUGGACACGAGCCACACUUACACUGUGACAAGGAGCUGGUUCAGGAGGUGCUUUUUGAUGCGGUGGUAACGGCUCCGUUGGAGGCCUACUGGACCAGUCUGGUGCUCAAUAAGUCAGAGAACUCAGAUAAAGGGGUUGAGAUCGCCUACUUGGGCACAAGGACUGGUCUGUCCAGAAUAAACCUGUUUGUGGUGCCAGAUGAGCUCACGUACCAAGACUUCCUGACAGCUGAAGACAAAGAGGGGGUGUUCAAUGCCGACCACUUUCCCCUUUGGUAUAAGAGGGCUGCAGAACAAGUUCCCGGGACGUUUGUCUACUCUCUGCCGUUUAAUACAGGGUCAGAAAACAAGAGUGUUGUCUUGGCCAGCACUGCCAUCCAUCUUCUGGAUGAGAGGAAGUCACCCAUAGCUGCUGCCGUAGGGAUCCAGAUGAAACUGGAAUUCUUUCAGAGGAAGUUCUGGACGGCCAGCAAACAGUGUGCAGCUCUUGAUGGGAAAUGUUCCAUAAGUUGCGACGACGAGAACAUCAACUGCUACCUGAUCGACAACAAUGGCUUCAUUCUGGUGGCGGAAGACUAUUCUUUGACGGGGAAUUUCUUCGGGGAAGCAGAGGGAGCAGUCAUGAGUAAGCUCCUGCAGAUGGGGUCUUUCAAAAGGGUGACACUGUAUGACUACCAGGCUCUGUGCUGGGUGUUUUCAGAGAGCAGCGACAGUGGACAGACACUCCUGGAUCCAUAUUUCGCCUUCUUCUCUGCUGUGAAGUGGAUCUUCACCGAACUUGUCAUAUUCCUGGUGGAGUUCAACCUGUACAGUUGGUGGCACUCUGACCUCUCUGCUAAAGCUCAGAGGUUUGGUCGGUCCAUGCAGGUGCCAUGUGACACCGAGUACCCAGCCUUCGUCUCCGAGAGGACCAUCAAGGAGAACACUGGGCACGUCGACUGUGACGGCUGCAUCAAGUCCUUCGUGAUCCAGCAGAUCCCCAGCAGCAACCUCUUCAUGGUGGUGACAGACAACAAAUGUGACUGCAACAUGUUCGAGCCCAUCACCAUGGACCCAGUGGAAAUCAUGUAUAAUGAAUCUCUCAAGUGUGAGAGAUUGAAGAUGCAGAAGGACAGGAGGCGCCCAGAUACCUGUCAUCCUUUUCACCCAGAGGAGAACUCCAUGGAAUGUGGCGGCGCCGGGAGUGCCACGCCUUCGUUUGCAGUGACCCUGCUCUGCGCUGUGCUGGCGCUGUUGCCCAGAUGACCAGAACUUACCACACGUGUCCGUCAAGAGGUUCGACUGAAUCGGCUUGGCAUGCAACAGACAGGCAAUGAGGCCUUGGAAGAGAACACACCAAUCCCUGCGCAUUGUGCCCACUCUCAGAUCGCUGCCUGGCAAGUCCUGAGCCCCGGGUUGCCUCCUGACCAAGCACUCGUACGGACUAAGAAGUGGUCAUUGACACGGUGCUCUGACAACAUGAAUUAAUCAGGUUUCAUUCUGUAUAUACGCGGCUCGAGGUUGGCACAGACUUGGUUUGGCACCGUUGGGUCCUUCCUGGCAGCUGAGGGCUUGUGCCUAUUGCUGGGCCUCAAACUGGAUGGAGAUAAGGAUGGUCGCACUUCUUUUCAGUCCAGUUUGAUGUUGAGUGUGUUCUGGAGGUUAAAAAAAAUUACAGAAGAUGAUAUGUGGUGGAAAAUGUUUGUCUGGAUUUAUUUUCUUCAACUGAGUGUAAAUGUACAUAUCUGGAAAAUAGUUUUAUCAUCAUUUGCAAGUGGUUCCCUACAACUGAGAAUCUUCGUCCUCUGACGUGAGUCUGACAUCCGUCCUGUUUAUGUACUUUUGAAAUAAA